GUGCGGCCGGCGGCCCGGGGCGGUGAGGGGGCGGCGGCGGCGGGCGCGGCGCGGCGCGGUGAUUGGCCGCCGGCGGAGGGCAGCGCGGCGGCGGCGAGGCGGCAGCCGGGGAGGAGCCGGCGGAACGGGCCGCGCGCCGGGCCGGCAAGAUGCUGCUGUCCCUGGUGCUCCACAUGUACUCGAUGCGCUGCGUGCUGCCUGCCGCGGUGCUGCUGGGCUCGGCGCCCACCUACGUGCUGGCCUGGGGGGCCUGGCGCCUGCUCUCCGCCUUCCUGCCCUCCCGCUUCUACCAGGCGGUGGACGAUCGGCUCUACUGCAUCUACCAGAGCAUGGUGCUCUUCUUCUUCGAGAAUUACACCGGGGUGCAGAUAUUGCUAUAUGGAGACUUGCCAAAAAAUAAAGAAAAUAUAAUAUAUUUAGCAAAUCAUCAAAGCACAGUUGACUGGAUUAUUGCGGAUAUUUUGGCCAUCAGGCAGAACGCUCUUGGACACGUGCGCUAUGUGCUCAAAGAUGGGUUAAAAUGGCUUCCGUUGUAUGGUUGUUAUUUUUCUCAGCAUGGAGGAAUCUAUGUAAAGCGAAGUGCCAAAUUUAAUGAAAAGGAAAUGAGAAACAAGCUGCAGAGGUACAUGAACGCAGGAACUCCAAUGUAUCUUGUGAUUUUUCCAGAGGGAACAAGGUAUAAUCCAGAACUAACAAAAGUCAUUUCAGCUAGUCAAACAUUUGCUGCUCAGGAAGGCCUUCCAGUAUUAAAACAUGUGCUGACACCAAGAGUGAAGGCAACCCAUGUUGCUUUUGAUACUAUGAAGAGCUAUUUAGAUGCAAUUUAUGACGUUACAGUGGCUUUCGAAGGGACUAUGGACGACAAAGGGCAACGCAAAGAAGCACCAUCCAUGGCUGAAUUUCUCUGCAAAGAAUGUCCAAAAAUUCAUAUUCACAUUGAUCGUAUAGACAAAAAAGAUGUCCCAGAAGAACAAGUAUAUAUGAGAAGAUGGCUUCAUGAACGUUUUGAAAUAAAAGAUAAGUUGCUUAUAGAAUUCUAUGAUUCACUGGAUCCAGAAAGAAGAAACAAAUUUCCUGGGAAAAGUGUUAAUUCUAAACUAAGUCUCAAGAAGACUUUACCAUCAUUAUUGAUCUUAAGUAGUUUGACUGCUGGUAUGCUUAUGACUGAGGCUGGAAGGAAACUAUAUGUAAAAACGUGGAUUUACGGAACCUUAAUUGGCUGCUUGUGGGUUAGUAUUAAAGCAUAAACAAGCGGCUGUCUCCAGGCAGUGGAAUGUGCUACGUGGGUUCUUAUUGGCAGCCGCCCAUUGCAUCAAAUUGUUUCCUGAAUUUAAUAAGAAGUGUAAAUAAAGCCUUAUUGAUUGAACAUUGGAUAAAAUAGAAUUUCUGACUAAAGCCAAUAUGCUAUUGGUCUUGGGCAAACAUACACGUCUUACAACUUUAGUACAGAAGCUGCCGGAAAGGGAAAAGCUAAACAGAGUUUAUGCUGUACUUGAUGUUUCCUGUGAACUAAUGUCAACUUCUGAAGAUUAUUAGGAUUGUAUAAUUUGUUAUUGUUUUGUAAUUCAGAUAGCUGCAUUCAUGAACAUUAAUUUGCAGUAUAUUUCACUAUAUUUGUUAUUUUCAAUUUUUUCCAACUUGACUGGUCCAAACUCUUAUCCCUAAAGUAUUUAGUAUCUUGCAGCUAUGUAAUAUUUUGCUUUUUGCUUAAUUUCUCCAAGACAAAGAAAUUAUAUUUAAGUAUCGAGAAAGAUACAAGGAAAGGGGCAAGAAAUGCUUGUGGGGAGGAAGCUCUGGUUAGUGCACGCUUUUAUUGUGUCGCCUUAUUAGCUGAUUUCACUUACUGUAUAUUUGCAAAGUAGUUAACAUUUCUAAUAUUUAUUGAGACAGCUUACUUUGCACACCUUGUACCCUACACAAAAGAAUAAUGUAUGACAUGUGAGAAUUAAGUUUGAGUUAAAAUUGUGGCCCUGAUGCAUUGUAGCAGAACUUUAAAUUGCCCAGCUUUUUGCAGUUUUAAGCUAAGCUCUGAGUACUUCGCAACAUCUGUGCCAUAAGGACUUGAAAACCUUAAGGUUUCCUGUUACUUUUUACGUCAAAAUAAUCAGUGUAUACCUUCGUUGGACCUGAGUCCACAGAUAUUUGAGGUGUUGGGAGCCUUCAGACGUCUGACUAGAUUUUCUAGCGUGUGCCUUUUGCCUCUUACUCUUGGGUUUAGCAAGAUAUUUAAUCCAAACGGCUUUUUAUGUCCUCAUGGUCGGUCUCCACGGUGCUUGAGUUCUUCCCUCGGAUUGAGCACUGUGCUGCUCGGGGGCAGGCACAGCAGACUUGCAGCGAGGAAGCGUGUAGCUGGAGUGUCCUGGUGCAGAGCUGAACUGUGGAAGCUCUGGUGAGUGAGCUCCACUGGCUGCGGCAGAGGCCGGUAAAACACAGGCUUGAUCCAUGAGGACUCGGUGAAUUGGUUCAGUCACCAUUAGUUUUAAUAGGUUUUACAGUUAAUCUGUAUAUCACCUCAAAACAAGGGCCGUGUUUUAGCAACCAAAUCACACAAUUUUCAGCCAUGGGACAAUAUAUCCCAUGCAAGAGGACCUUUCUUAAAGUGCGACCUGCUCUGUUUUAUGUUAUAAUUUAAACUUGAUUGCCUGAGAGUCUUUUAAGAUAACAUUUCUGCUUACUGCUAAUAGAUUUUCUUGUAAAAUUCUAUCAGUUCCCCAGAUGAAACACACCAGUUGAAUCAGGAUACACAAAAUGAAAACAGUAAUUAAGGGAAAUUUUGUGUAACUGAAUCUUCAGAACCAGAGAGUAAACCAUUUCAAGCCACCCCUUCGAAGAAGUGGGUGGUCUGAAUGGGUUUGUAUGUGUUAGAAUGUAUCUGUGCACACGCGCUUGUAGACACACAUUCCCGCGGGGUACAGUUGGCCUAAUGAUGCCUGGGGGUGUAGGUAAAACUUCUGAGAAAUGUUCUCAUGCCAAAUUGCAAUUUUCUCUUACCUGUAAAGUGAAAUUUAAAUCAAUUCAUAUCUUGUUAAAUACUUUUUUUUAACAGUCCUGAAGUUAGAACCUAUUUCUAAUUAGAUCAAAGUAAAUGUAAGUUGUGUAACUUACUUUGAAUAUCAUGGAUAUACCACUAGAGUUAUGUUGAUUGUAAUUGAUUUUAAGAAGGCCGAGUGAACUGUGUAAGAUCUCUUGAACAUCAUGUUCUUACAGCUGUCCUUAUAUUCUCACAAAAGGUCGAUAAAAUAUUUAUUAGUUUAAAAAAUUUUGUAUCAAAAUAUUUGGAAAAUUAGAAGCUUCUUUUUAACAUGUAUUGAUGUGACCUGAAUUAUUAUUUUCUAAAAUUAAGAGCCCUGUGUCUACCUGUAAAUCUUUUCACAUGCUAUCAUUUUACCUUUUGUUUGUGUUAUUGUUGAUUUACAGCUUAGUUAUUACUUAGUUUUUCUUUGUAAGAAUGCCAUCAAUGUGCAUGCUUUUAUGUUUUUCAGAAAAGGGUGUGUUUGGAUGAAGGUAAAAGAAAAAAUAAAAUCUUUCACUGUCUCUGA